AUGACUUGGAAAAAUAUUAUAUCAAAAGCUCCGUGGCAAGGAGGAAUCUACGAGAGAUUAAUUGGGUUAACGAAAAAUGCGCUAAGAAGAGCCAUUGGCAGAAAAUUCCUAGCGGAAAGGGAAUUGGUAACAUUAAUUGCAGAAGUUGAAGGUAUACUUAAUACCCGACCACUAACUUACGCCAAUUUUGACGAUUGCGUCAUUAUACGUCCAAUUGAUUUUAUUUUGCCUAACGCUUCGCUCCAUCUACCUAUAAAUGAAGUAGAAACUCCCACUGGGAAACUUCUCGAUCGUCCAAUAAAUGUCUUGUAUCCUCUCGAAGUUAAUGAUGAAGAAAUUCAUCUUGAACCUAAUGAGAAAGAAAAUAUGAAAAUUCCGGAAACCGAACAGAACACUGAGGAGCUCCAGGAACCUAUUGCGAUGCGAACUAGGAGCAAUACAAAACGACAAUCUCGAUUAAAGGAGAAGGAGAAAUAUUCCUUUACGAUGGAAAUGGGUCUGUCGGAUUUCGAAACUGCGGAGAAUUGUAUUACACAAGACGGAAAAUGUAUCACAAACAAUAGUAUCGUUCUAUGGGAUAUUCAACAAAUAACGAAGAAGUGUCGAUAUCGUAAGGUGGGAAAUUUUAAUGCUCAAUUAUACGAAAAUCAUGUUAUCAUAGACGAACUACAAACAUCAUUCGUCUUCAGUAAAUAUAACAAAACAUUUAGAAGCGAAAACUGCAAAUUUUCUAAUCCCAACUUAAUGGAUGGUGACACUGUUAUUGACAUUGUAACGAGGAUCGCUAACAAUAGAAACAGAAGGAAUACAAAUUUAGCACUCGCUUCACCUAGAGGUAAGCUAAUGAUGAUGGAAACACAAAGAGGAGACGAUAGUGAUCCCGAAAAUACAAAAUUUCAAUACUUACUCGAUAGUUUGCAACAAGAGUUCCAGCAACAAUUAAAACUAGUAGAACAGCGAACUUGUGAAAAUCGAAAUAAUCUGUUAUUAUUAAUCGAAUGGUUAUCGCUGGAUAAUCCUACCCUCGCUGCGAAUCUAUUAUUGCAAAGGGAUGAUGUGAUCGCUAAAAGAAUCAAAGGAAAAUUAUUGAUCGCCCCGUGCAAGUCCGAUUCACUUAAUAUAAAAAUUAUUGAAUUUAGAAGCGGAUUGAUAAGUAAAUUUGAAAUCGAUAGAAUCAAUGCAGCAUUAGAGAUAUUAGCACAAAAUCAACAAAUGAUAAAUCCAGUUUUCGAACAGCAAGAAACAUCCGAAAUUUGGAAUGAACUCGGCCAACGUGGAGAAGAAUUAACAGAACAACUUGAAGGAACACUUGAAGAAUGGAAGGUGUUUUUACAAGAAAAUUUGGAGAAACUCCUUUCGCACUGGACAAUAAUUAUAAUUGGGAUAAUCAUUGUGGUAAUAUCAAUUGUACUUAUUGUCUUUAAAUCUGACUUUACAUUAAUUUAUUCUAUAUUUAAUUUCUUAUGUCAUAAAGGUCAGACUCGUCAAAGGGUCGAAAUUAUCCCCAUGGAAAUUUUACAAGCCCCACUUUUUUAUGAACCCCACGCAUUACCCACCUUUUCUGGUCGGGAGUGUCGUGAAAGACGAAAUAUUUAA